UGUCCCUUUCAAAUGACAGCCUUGUCAAAACAAUUUUCUUACUUGACAAUUCAUGUAAUGAAACGUAGAGCGUACAAAAUAAAAAAUAAAUAAGACUGUUUUUUCCAGAAAUGGGUUCAGCAGAUAUUUUGGAUGCAUCUAAAUUAUGCUAUGAUGGAGAUUUUGAUACUCAAUUCAACAGAAUACUACAAACGAUAAGGCUGACACGAUGGCAAGUGCAAAAUCUCACAACUCUGUUAGAUGAUCUGACGCAUCAACUGAGACCCAUUUGGCGAGAUUGCUUAAUCCACGCAUUUGGUUCGAUAGUCAUCGGCCUGGGAAUAAAGACAAGCGACAUAGACUGUUACAUAGACACUGGAACUAGUCAGCCUCCAAAAGACUGUGUAAUUAAGGCUAGAGAAAUAUUCAAACGUAGUCCUCAUCUGUUCAGAAAGGUGUUCGCAAUCACUGCCGCCAAAGUACCCAUUGUGAAGCUACUCCACUUGCCAACAAAUUGCAAUACAGACAUCAGUUUCUCUGGCCCUGCAGGAGUGAGGAAUAGUGAACUCCUGGCGUACUUACUGCAUUUAGACGAUAGGGCGAUUAAGCUAGCAAUACUAGUGAAAUAUUGGUCCAAGGUAUAUGAUUUUACUGGAACAAAUCUAAUGCCCAACUAUGCUUUGACAAUGCUAGUCGUUUUUUUACAACUGAAAGGCAUACUGCCAGCUAUUUCUGUGUUGCAAAAGGGCGUUCCGAAGCACAUGGUUAAUGGUUGGAACACGGCAUUUAAUGAAAAGUAUCAACAUCCAUCAGAGUGUGAAGCCAACAUCUACGAACUGCUGGGAGACUUCUUCAAGUAUUACAGUACAUUCAAUUACACUGACGAUAUGAUCUCGCCUUACAUUGGGUUUCGACUCAAGCGGAAGUCAUUUAGCUGCCAAAACAUUCCGCAAGGCUUCGACUUGUAUAAAACGCUCGUCGCCUCCCGCGCCUGCAAGGCCUUGAGGGUGGACACUUUCAUGUGCAUUCAAGACACUUUUGAACACAAUAGGAAUUGCACCGUGGCGGUGUACCCCCGGCUCGCUGUCAAGAUUGUAGGUCAUUUCAAAUUCGCAGCAAAUUUGUACGAUAGAGUGGACAGCAAGGAUUUUCUGAGGAAAUUACUCACAGAAGACCCACAUAGACCCCUCGAGCCAUCCCCGUCUGUUCCGCAACAUAGUAACCGCAAUCGGGUAGUGAAAAAUAAUACACAAUUAUUGUAUAAUAAUAUCAUAGAUCUCUUUAAAGCUGGUUUGUUGGAUGUUGAUUCUUUUCCUAAGAGGAAAAGGUAAAAAAUUGUUUAAUUUAUGUAACAUACUGCUGUGGAAUGUGGUAUGAGUAAAAGGUCCGCCUGUAGUAUAAAAAAUAGUUUUUUUAAAUAUGUUUUUUUAAACUAUGACAAUACAUAAAGCAGUUUCCUAGUCGCCGUACAAGGCGAGUAAAUAAGAAGUAAUCUGAUGUGGUAAAUUGUGCAAAAAGAGCGGAAAAACAUAUACGUGCAAAGAGGUUUUUUUGUGUGUAAAUAAGUUAUUUCGAGUAUUGAAUUGUAGUUAAGGAAACGAAUUAUGAAACCUAAUCGUAAGCUGAUAACGCACUGAAUUAACAGCGGUUAAUAAUCGCACUAGUGAGCCACAGAUAUCAAGUACUUACUAAGCUAUAAUAUUUCAAAAUGGUGUUUAUAUUGUUAUUUAUUACAUUUUUUAAAUACUUAAAUGUAACAUAUUCUAACAAAGCUUAUGUUUUAAUAUUAAUAAAUA